GCUAUUCCUACACUCAGCUAUUCCUUGGGAUUUGGUUGACAAUUUUUUCUCGUGCUCUUCAUUCAUUCUCUUGCUUUUUGCAAUCCUUUACGUCCAUAGUCUAAGAACCGUUUGAUUUUCAAAUCUCUUCUUGACUUGCUAAAUUCGGAAGCUGGUUUAUCAGAUCAAAUCUUUCCAGACCUUUUCAUUUUGUGUCCUGUUAGAUAUCCACCUCUUGGUUAAUCUCGAUCUGUGCCACACUCAUAUCAUCCUUACUUCCCGUCACUAACUCUCUGAAUUCUUCCUCCCAAUAAUAUUGUCACAUCACUACUACAUUCUUUACACAAAUAAUGCCUUCACGAAUAUCAAGAGGAAAACAAUUUUUAUUGUUUUGUUCAUUUUCUUUACCUUUAAUAGUAUCAGCUGCAACGACAGAUACACCAACAAAAUGUUAUGUUAUAAAUGGACAACAUAAUGCCAAUGCAGGAUAUAGAUGUGAUAAUUCAACGACAGGUCAUAGCUCCUGUUGCGCAGCUGGUGCUAUAUGUUUUUCAAAUGGUGUUUGUCAACAGGCAAAUGGAAAUGUUCAAGACUACUUAAGAGUUGGAUGUACAGAUCCUACAUGGAAAGAUCCAGCUUGUUUAAAUCAGUGUACUAGUUAUGCUAGAAGUUCAACUGCUGGUAUAAGAUUUUGUAAUGGAGCUAUAACAUCAACAACAGAAUAUUGCUGUGAUACUGGCGCCUAUGGUGUAGGGAGUUUCGCCUGUUGCGAUAAUGACACAGAUAUAUUUAACAUCUCGCCCGUAGCCAAACUUCUCGCUCAAGUUCCCCUCGACUACACCUCAUCGUCUUCAUCAUCCUCGUCAUCUACAUCUUCUGCAUCUUCCGCAUCUUCCGCAACCACUUCAUCGGUAUCAACAACCACCACAUCCAGUUCAACCACAGCAGCAGCCUCCGAUUCGGCCGCCUCCCAAACAUCCACUGCUUCUGUCCCCUCCUCAACCUCAUCAUCUUCCUCUUCUAAUCACUCUGUCGCCAUCGGCGCCGGGAUCGCUAUUCCCUGUGGUAUUCUUGCUAUCGCUGCUCUUGGGUGGCUUUUAUGGAGAAAAAGACGUGCGUCAAAGCAACAGGCUAAUCAACUCCCUACUAAUGAAGCGGGAGCUCCCGGUCAAGGAUAUCAGCCUACAGAAGGAGCUUAUAUGCAAAACCAACACGGAAUGGCUGGGCAUGGAGAAUAUGGUCCGAGUGAAAUUGGAACCGGGUAUCCAAGAGGAAAUUUGGGAGAGGCGGGGGGGAUCGGGAUGGCGGAUAAGAAGGGUUAUUAUGCACCACAGCCGAGCGAGAUGGAACAGCCGAGAGCGGUGCAUGAGAUGGAUGGGGGACAUUUCAGGAGGUAAUGAUAUGACGGAGUGGAAUUAAGGUUUAAGGUCAAAGUUUAGGUUUUGGGUUUGGGAAGGUUGAUAUUAAUUCAGGGGCGGCAUAUGCGGGGUGUGUUCUAAGGACAAACAAUUCGACUCGACGCUGAAACCUGGAGGGAGCUGUUAUGAAAAAGAAGCGAAUCGAAUGCACAGGUCGUCAUUAUUCGACAAGGCACGUGUACUUUGCAAUCAAAUAUCACUCGAGAAAAAGAGGCACCCAGUCCCACCAAACGGAUACGUCAAGCUCGGAAUUCCGACAUACUCGCACGUUUGUACAUAUUUCAGCGCGCUUCUUGUUUUACGAUUUUAGGCGAUGCGCUAAGCGGCAUUAUACCUUUUUGCAGCGGCUUUUAUGAUGGGAAAGAAAGAAGGAGUUAUGAUUAUUUAUUGUUGUAACUUUAUUUAUAUUCAUGGGGAUGAUGGAUUGGCAAACAAGAAUUUAAUCAUUACAUUGUUACUUUGAGGAAGAUAUUUUUGGUCAGUGAUGACCUAUCUGUCUGAUUUGGUGUCUGGAGGUUUUCUGGGUGAGGAUAUCGGGUGAAUGGAUAAUAGUUUAUUAUAGGGGGCUAGGGGAGAGGAAAAGGGAGUGAGUAUCUAGGUGACCAGAUCUUUGGGGUUGGAGUGGAAGUAUAAAUUGAUACUGAAUCUUGUACAAAUUUUUCUCCAUAUUAUGUUUUGAGAAUUUCUCAGAAGGAAGUCAAGGUUCCGGUCAGAAUUCGUCCCAGACUGUUCGCUCGAACAUGGUAAUCAAGGAUAGUUUCCUCUUUGACAAUUAUCAGUGCAGAAUCUGGACUCCGGAGUAGAAUUCUAGUUGUUUUAAAAGAAGUGUUGGUAUUUAUUCUGAUUAUUGUACUGUUGCUAUUCUUAUUUCCAUUGCUUUGGGGGUUUGCAGAGGGUUUUCUUGUCAAUAUGGCAGCGUUAUUAUUACUUAUUCA